CGAGUGCGCGUGCGCAAGUGUGUUCCUGUGAUCCAUAAACAAAACAAAAUGUACUGCGAAAUACCAAAGUUAUUUAGAUGUUGUUUCUGUUUGCCACUAAGAAAAGGUGCUCUGAUAUUUGGAUAUGUUAAUAUUUUGUUCUCAGUCUUCAUGCUGUCUUUGUAUAGCUACUCUGUGCAUCACGAACUUGGAUUUUCAAUGGUUUACCACGGCUCCACCGCUGCCUUUGAGGAUGGGGUGUGCGUGGGCAUUUACUGUGUGGAAGUUCUGAUGAAUGUUGCCCUGGUGUUCGGUGCGCAUAAGAGGAACUUAUUGUUCUUAAAAAGCUUUUAUUACUACGCCGUGGCGACCAUGCUGAUGACAUUUAUUAUUCAGAUUGUAUCUUUGGUGAAUACACAUCAUUUUGGGAUGGUCAUUGAAAUGUUAUGUCUCUACAUAACAGGACUAUGUAUACAUUUAUAUUUAAUAAUUGUUGUGCGGAGUCUGGUCACCAAGUUGGAGAUAUCUGACGGCCAUGCGUACGAGAAUCAACUGCAACAAAUCGUGAGCGGGGAGAUCAAAGUGGAAGGGAAUGGAGUUUACCCUAGUACUGUAGUACCCAAUACCGCGUAGUACUUUAAAGUUAUGUUUUAAAAAUGGUAGAAACCAAAGAUUCCCAAACUUCUUUCAUAUUGCUGGUAAGUUUCUUUGGUUAAUUCCAAUAUUUUUCUUACAACAUACAUCUAUGGUCUGUUUUGGAUCUUAGGUGUUUUAGGCUUCUUUGGGAAUGACAAACAUGAAUUAAAUAAAUUAUGUAUAAACUCAUGUUCAGUGAAUAUAUCGGUGUAGUUUUGAACUCUUUGGGAGUUUAAGGUUUAUGAUGCUUUUAGUUGUAAGAACUACUAAUAGAGCUUUGGCUGUGUUAAGUUAUUUUAAGGAUACAUAAGCUUGCUUAACUUAUUAAUUUUAAG